UUUUAAAAAUUGCUGUACAGAAAAAUAAUGAACAACACUAACUUAACACGAAACAGCAUGUUCUUACUGUGUAUAUUCAUCAGUUUCUUUUUAUUUACUUCUACUUCACUUGAAAAUGAAGAAGUUAACGAAAGGCCUAUUAUUGGUGUCGCUGUAAUGGAGACGCUAGACGAAGUCUUAUUAAAAACUUUCCCAAAUUUGCGGGAAAAGUAUUUUGUUCCAGCCAGCUAUGUCAAGUUGAUUGAAAUGACUGGCGCUAGACUGAUUCCGAUAUCAAUUUCAAUGGACGAUCAAAAAGUGAAGUAUAUUUUCAAUUCUGUAAAUGGUUUGCUAUUUCCCGGAGCAGGAAAUAAUUUGAAUGAUUCUGGAUAUUACGAAAUAACUAAAAAACUCUUUAAACUUGCCCUUAAAGCCAACAAGAACGGCGAGGUAUUUCCCAUUCUAGGUAUUUGCCGUGGUUUCCAAGCACUUGCAGUGCAUGUUGAAGGAAAUGAAUCCCCACUUAUCGUCACAGAUUCACAUAGUUAUUCUACUACUGUAAGAUGGAACAGAAAAAGCUUGAAACAUUCAUUUCUCUCAUCGAUGCCGAAAAUGAUGAUACGAGAUAGUGAAACAAAACUAAUCACAUCACACUUUCACAAAUACAGCGUCACUCCAGGUUUUUUUAAACGUUCUUCUAAAUUGAACAGCUUCUUCGAUAUAUUGGCUACAAGUUCUGAUCGCAAUGGGACGAAAUUUGUUUCCGUAAUAGAAGGUAAAAAGUAUCCGUUUUAUGGCAUACAGUUUCAUCCAGAGAAGACCAUGUUCGAAUGGGCAACAGCAAUAUCGAUUCCACAUUCCCCUCAAGCUAUUCGACUUGGACAGUUUAUAGCCAACUCAUUUAUGGAUAAAGUUCGACUAAACAAGAGGCAUUUUUCCAACAGUUCCAUGGAACGUGAAUACGUUAUAGAAAAAUACGAUUUAAUGAGAAUAGAUGAUAUUGACGGUCAUGCUCCGUUCCAAGAAAUAUAUAUUAUUUGAGAAAAUAUUUGUUAAAAAUUUACUAACAAUAAACUUCGUUUUAGUAUACCAACUCGUUUUAAAUUCACUUACCAUUGCUAAUAAUAUUUUUAGCCUUAAGCAAUAUUGUACAGCAAAUUUACUUGUGGUUUUGUAGUAAAAUUAAUUUACUUGUUAUUUAUAUUUAACACUGUUCCUGUACGAGUGAUUAGCCGCAAACCAAUUCUGCCACCUGCAAAGUUUUCUUAUUUUCUUUUUUCACACUAAUAAAUUUACUGUAACAUGCUCGUAUGUUUAUUUGUUGCAUUUGUAUUCGAUUUAUAAAUUUUAUUUAAAUGUAUAAUUAAAUACAUAUACAUGUAUAUAAUUUAAUAUUUAGUUUGAAACUUGUCAUCAAUAUUGUAUGUCAACGUCAACAAAGUGUCACAACUUGCACACGUUGGUUCUAGUUAUCCGGCCAGCCUAAAACCACGUUGCUUAAAAAACAAAAAGUUAUUUAUAGAUGAAACAAAGAAAAUAUUUCAAACUAUAUUCAGGCGUUUUGUUAAGAAAAUUAAGGCUCGGUCAAAAUAACGGUUGUCUUUUAUAAAACGUGUAUGUAAUAUAAAAGUAAAAUUGAAUUAAAAGUAAAAUGAAAAAAUAGUAAACAAAGUAACUAAAAAAGCGUUGAAAAAAAAUAAGUAAGUCACUAACAAUCUCCUCCUCUGCACAAAAUAACUGAUGCAUGUCCACAAAACCGAAAACAAUUUUUUGUGGACAUGCAUCAGUUAGUAAAAGUAAAAUGAAAAAAUAGUAAACAAAGUAACUAAAAAAGCGUUGAAAAAAAAUAAGUAAGUCACUAACAAUCUCCU